AUGUUUCUGCGCUGCUUGCUGGCACUGCUGGCUUUGACCUCACUGAGUUUUAGCACCAAUCCCGGAGUACAGGUCAGACUAACAAAGAAAGGACUAGAAUAUGGCAGACAACAAGGGAUGGCUUCGAUACAGCAGAAACUCAAAACCAUCACAAUCCCAAAUAUUUCAGGGAAAGUGAAGUUGAGACCUGUUGGCAAGGUCAAGUACAGCCUGACAAAUAUGAGGACAAAGAGUGUGGGGCUACCACAGUCUCAGUUAAGUCUGGUGCCAGGGACUGGUUUAAGACUGGGCAUUGGAAAUGCCUUUCUCAGUAUGAAGGGAAACUGGAGGGUUAAGUUCUUCUGAUUUGUGAAGCUCCAAGGCUCUUUCGAGGUGAACGUGAAAACAGUCACAAUUACAACAAGUAUUGCUGUCAAGAGUGAUAAGACAGGCCGACCUGAUGUCAGUACUGUCAGCUGUGCAGCAACGGUCGGCAGUGCACACAUCAAAUUCCACGGUAGAGCAAGCUGGCUGUACAAUCUCUUCAGAAAGUUCAUUGAUAAGGCUCUGCAAAAAACAAUAGAGAAAAAGCUCUGCCCUCUGGUGGCUGACACUGUGUCUGAUUUGAAUCCUGAGCUGAAAACCCUCAAUGUUUUAGCCAAAGUGGACGAGUUUGCUGAGAUUGAAUAUUCCAUGGUAUCAUCACCCACAGUGUCAGCAUCUUCUCUGGACUUGGGCUUGAAGGGUGAAUUUUACAAAAUCGGGAAGCACCAGGAGCCUCCAUUUCCACCCCCCAAUUUUUCUCUCCCACCCCAGGUCAAUGAAAUGUUGUACAUCGGUGUGUCCACCUUCACUGCCAACUCUGCAGCUUUUGUCUACAACAAAGCUGGAGUCCUUAGCCUGUACAUCACAGAUGACAUGGUCCCACGAAUCUCUCCCAUCCGUCUUGACACCAACACAUUUGGAGCCAUCGUCCCGCAGAUUGCAGAACGCUUCCCAGGUCUGAAGAUGAAACUGCUGCUGAAUGCCCCAAAAGAUCCGGUCAUCAGUUUUAAGCCCAACAACGCCACGGUUCAAGCUACUGCCGCAAUGACGGCCUAUGCCAUCCAACCCAAUGCUACGCUUACGCCUCUCUUUGUUCUUAACUUGGACAUUAGUGUCAGCGCCCGAGUGUUUGUCAGUGGAAUGCAGAUUGCUGGGGCCAUCACCCUAAACAAGAUGGGUCUGACCCUGGGGACUAGCGAUGUUGGAGAUUUUCAGGUCAGGUCCCUCGACAGCAUCCUCAAAAUUGUCCUCAAACUAGUAGUGAUACCUCAACUGAACACUCGUCUCGCAGAGGGAUACCCACUUCCUACUCUUGGAAAGAUGAAGCUUGUUAACACUCAGCUUCAGGUCCUUCAGGACUAUAUGCUGAUUGGAACAGAUGUCCAGUUCACGCCUUAAAAACUCAUCUGGAAACUCCUAAGAAUCUUGACUGUACUGUGGCAUGCAGCUGCACAAAACACAAA